UAUGGCAUGACAGUAAUGCAUUACCGCCUCCCUUGUUGCGCCAAUUUCAUCUUCGUCACUCUUCCCGCCUAUAUUCUGAAGCCCGCCCUCUCUGGCAUGGGUGACCAGUUUUGUUUAUCCGUACAAUAUGCGUAGUUCGUAUGAUGCGGCCUUGGGUUGUGAUGCAGCUAUGUGUCCACAGCGGGAUAUAUGAUGAUCCUUGCUUCAUGUGCGCUACCAAGGAGAAGAAAGAGAAAAUUGCCGUGCGCGCUGAAUCCCUCUCGGUGUUUGCAUCCCGGACACCAUGCUGCUGAACGACAUGACGGAUAGGCCUCAAGAUUGCCUGAUCUGACGGUGGAAGGACUGAGCCUACUCACGCUCGCAUUUCACUCGGACUACCAGCGCAUAAUUCUGACCCAUAUACCCGGCAAUCUCCCGGUGCUCAUGUGUGGACUCGGUCGGUCUUGUACGUGUUUUAUGGAACCGUGUGCGUUACGCAGUCGAGCCAGCCCGACAGCUAUAUUGGAUGCCUCAAUCGUAAGACCAUAUUUAUUGCUUAUUAUGAUAUGUAAUACUCCAAGCAAUGCACGUGUAUGAUACCACUAGAGGUAUAUAUAGCAUACUGGGUACAUUGACUUGGUAUAGGAAGGAUAUGAUGUGAUGGUUAGUGUACUACCAAUCCGCAUCAGUAAGACGUUGAGUCUGUGAUGAUGGCGCGGACAACGUGCUGUACUUAUCUUGCCCGCUAGCGGUGUCCUCCCCGUGUAUGGAUGAAUGGCUUGGACUUCAAAGCUAAGUAGAAAACAACGCGUGAACUCACCCUCACAGUACACCAUCGUAGGCGAACUAAUGAGGCACACUAAGAUUGAUAGAUUAACAGGAACAAAGUUAUACGCUUAACUCAAGCACGUAAGGUCUUUACUAUAGCCAGCUUUUCUCACUUAUGUGCACAGUGCAACAUUUUUCAAUCACCCCGUUUGUUAUUGCUCUGAAUGGAAGUGACAUUGGCACUCGUGACUCCUACAAUUAAAUUAAAGAUAUCCUUUAAUCUUAUCAAGAUUCCGUGAACCGGGUAGAGGCGAGCAACACAAGCCAAAAAUCUCCAGAUCACAUCCAGGAGAGGACGUUGGUAGAACAGCACCAGACUAAAAUCAAGGAGGAGGCAAACGGUACAGCCUUUGCUAUCUUGGACUCAGGGAAGUCAACAUUUGGUUCUCUAAAAGCUUAAGCCUGUAACUCUGCAAAGAUGUGUAGCUUCAUGGGAGGUAAGGCCAAGUUGCCAGGGAACGAGAGCAAGGCCAAGUUAUCAGGGAUGGGAAGUAAGGUCAAAUGUUCGGGUCUCUUUGAGACGACCCCGGAGGACCAGCUCCCAGAGGGAAUGCAUCCCAAAACGUCCCUGUCUCCGGACAUGUCUUCGGCUUCCUUCAUGUCCAUGAGUGAGCUGGAUGAGAGAGAUGAGCCGGUCAGCAGGAGGAAGAUGGAUCUGAGGAGCUUGAGCGAGGGAGUGGCAGCACUCAUCUUCCCAUCGAUGGCUCUAGUACGGCAAACGUUACGGCGAGUUGUAUGCACCCAUGGAAGAGAUAACGUCGACAAAUUCAUAAAGACGUUAGGUUUACACGACUUUCAAGUUGGUGAUGAUAACGAAGACGAGCCAGACUACGAAGCGUUCGAUGAGGCAUUCGUAUGCCAGAUAACACACAGGGCAGCGUCCAUGUUAGGUUUGGAAUACUGGAAACUCAUGGACAGUUUCGGGGAGGAGUUUUUCUGUCUGUGUUUCGAGCAGUACGGCGCUGUCAUAGGGUCCCUCGGGGGUACGAUGGCGGAUUUCUACGGCAACAUUGACGGCUUCUACGAGCACAUCUUAGCACAAGGGGUUAUCAAUGAGGAACAUGUAAAGGUACACACCCCAUCCUACAGAUGUUCAUUACAAUCAGACGGCAAGCUACUCAUUCACUUCUACUCCAAGAGUCACAGCUUGGAGUUAAGCAUGAUGGGACAGAUCAGGAUGGCAUCUAUCUUGCUCUUCAAUACCUUCGUGGAGGUAGAACUGGUCAAGCAGAGAGGUCACGGCUGCGACCAUUGCGUCUAUGCCGUCCAACCACUACUUGAAGAUCAGAAGAACGGUACCAAGAAUCUGCAGAAUGGUGCGGUGAAUCAAGCCACUUCCCCGGCUCAGCUGGCCUCUAAGAUCAGCGUCUCUGUCUUCUGCGCUGCCUUCCCCUUCCAUAUCAUGUUCAACCGAAACCUGACCAUCCUCCAGGUCGGAGACACGGUCAUGCGGAUGUUUUCCUCACGUGCCUCGAGCAAUGGACUCAACUUUAACUCGUACUUUAAGGUGCUGUCACCUGACAUUCGGCCCGUGACCUUUGACCGGGUCUUGAGACACAUCAACAAGUCCUUCGUACUGCAGUCCACGGGGAUUGGGACAGCUAAAUCAAAAGACGGAACAUCUCAGGGGACGACGGUGAAAGGCCAGAUGAUUCAUAUUCCUGAGAGUGAUACCAUUUUGUUCCUGGGAUCACCCAAGGUGGGCAACCUGGAGGAACUGACAGGCAGGGGAUUAUACCUGGCCGAUAUCCCCAUCCACGACGCCACUAGAGACCUGAUCCUGGUCGGCGAACAGAAUAAAGCCCAGGACGGCCUCAAGAAACGAAUGGACAAACUGAAAGCACGCAUCCUGCAGGCCGGUAACCAACUGGAGGUGGAGAAGAGAAAGAACGUGGACCUGCUGAAUCUGAUCUUCCCUGCAGACGUAGCUGAGAAACUCUGGGCUGGGGAGGUGCUGGCACCAAGCAACAUGGACCACGUGACCAUGCUGUUCUCAGACAUCGUGGGCUUUACCGCCAUCUGCUCGAACUGUACGCCCUUCACUGUCAUCGGCAUGCUGAAUAAACUCUACACGCAAUUCGACGACUUCUGUGGAAUCCUAGAUAUCUACAAGGUUGAGACAAUCGGAGAUGCAUACUGUGUGGCCGGUGGCCUUCAUCGAACCUCAUCUACGCAUGCUCAGAGAGUUUCCAAAAUGGCGCUGAAAAUGAUGGAGGCGGCACGGACUGUGAUGUCCCAUGACGGCAGCCCACUAAAGAUGAGGAUAGGCCUACACACGGGAGCGAUCGUAGCAGGCAUCGUGGGCAAACAGAUGCCUCGCUACUGUCUCUUCGGUAGUAACGUCACGCUAGCUAACAAGUUCGAGUCUCACAGCGAACCACUAAGAAUAAACCUCAGUCCAACAACACAUGAACUUCUUGAGAAGUCCGGGAGGUUUUCUUUCACGCCCCGACCACGCGAGGCUCUCCCAGCCGGGUUUCCUGAGAGCAUCCCCGGUACAUGCUACUUCCUAGACGGCUACGAGCCCGAUCCGGACAACGAGGAAGACCAAAAACUCUGGUAGAAAUAUCAAACACCAGACAACUCCCAGAGAUAAUCCGGCAAAGGUAGAGGCUAUCCGGUUCGUAAAUGUGACGUCAUUUUAAAUUAAACCACGCCCACUACACACAAAGUAGCACUGAAAAUCACUGGAACCAUUGGAACCGGAAAUAGUGCAAAGUGCCGUGUUUAUCCAA